AUGAAAGAUGGAAAUUUUGAGAAAACAAUGACAGAGCCAUCAUAAAUGAUAGAAGAAGAAGUAUUAGUGUAUAACUAAGAAAGUGGAUUAUAUGAACGUAAACUAAUUAGAAGAUAAUAUGAUGCCAAAAGAGAUUCCACUUUGUAAUUAGGUUAAUUGAAGGAAUUUGAUUAAAGCGGAAAUAAGAUUCUUUCAAGAAAAAUAAUAGAGAAUUUAGAAUCUAGCUAAUAAUUGCAAAAGGGUGGAUGGUUUAAUCAUUAAGGAGUGUUGGAGAAAACAAUUAAUGUAUAGGAACCUGAUAAAUUCAUAGAAGAGGAAGUACUAAUAAUAAAUCCAAAGACUGGCAAAUAGGAAAGAAGAUUAACAAGGAGACCAUAUUAACCUGGAGAUGAGAAGAUGGAACUGGGUGAUAAUAUUCUUGAUUAAUAAAGUGGAAGAAAAAUAGUAUCAAGACGUAUAAUAGAGAAUGAUAGUUCAUCUGAUUUUUAAUUGUAAUAAGGAUGGAAAUAAAUAUCUGCUGGAAUGUUUGAAGUAUAAUUGUGUUCAGCUGAACCAGUGAAAUAUAUUGAGGAAGAGAUCCUAAUUGUCAAUAAGUAAACAAAAUAAAUGCAAAGGAAAAUUAUUAGAAGACAAUUUACUAUUAAAGAUUAGAAUCUGAAAUUUGGAGAUGACAUAAAGGAGAAGGAUACUUAAGGAAAUAGAAUAUUGGCAAGAAGGCUGAUUGAGAAUGUUUAAUCUUUAAUUUAAUUGAAAAAAGAAGGAUGGACUAAAUUAGGUGAUGGAACAUUAGAAAAAAUAUUAUCAGCUAUAGCUUAAAAAUUAAUUGAGGAAGAGAUUUUAGUAUAUAAUCCAAGAACAGGGAAAUAGGAAAGAAGAUUAACAAGAAGACCUGUAAUGUUGGAGGAUGAUAAAUUUAAAGUUGGAGAAUAAAUUAAUGAAUAGUUAAAUGAUGGUACUAAAAUAGUUGCUAGAAGAAUAGUUGAUAGUGAUUUUGCAUUAACUAGUUGGCAAUAGAAUGAUUAAGGAGUAUUAAUCCAUUAAAUUAGUUAAGCUGAACCAAUGAAAUAUAUUGAGGAAGAAGUUUUGUAAGUGAAUCCAAAGACUGGGAUGAUGGAAAGGAAAUUAAUAAGAAGGCCAUAUAAUGAUUAGAAUGUAAAAUUUGGAUAAAAUAUUAAUGAAAAUAAAGAUGAUAGUACAAUUGUAUUAUCAAGAAAACUAGUUGAAAAUAAUGAGUCAUUAGCUUAAUGGAAAAGAUAAUCAAAUGGUUAAUUGAUAAAAGAAAUUAAUCAUGAAGAACCAGAAGAAUAUAUUGAGGAGGAAAUUAUAAGGAUCAAUACCAAGACAGGUAAGCAAGAAAGAAAAAUAAUAAGAAGACCCUUUACAGAAGAUGAUAGAAAUGCAAUUAUUGGUGAUCAAAUAAUUGAUGAAAUUAAUAAUGGCUAGAAAGUUAUUUCAAGAAAAAUUAUCUCGAAUCUUUGUUCAAGUGAUAAUUGGAAAUAAAAUGAAGAUGGCCAUUUUGAGAUUAUAAUUGCUUAAUAGGAACCAAUUAAAUUUAUUGAAGAAGAGGUUCUUUAAUAUAAUAAAGAGACUGGUUUGAUUGAAAGAAAGAUUAUCAGAAGUGUAUUUUCAGAAACAGCAUAAUUAGGUAAUAAUUUAUAAGAAAAUGAUGGAAAAGGAAAAAUUAUUAUAUCUAGAAGAAUUGUUGAGAAUUUGUUAUCUUCAGAAUAACAAAAGAAAGAUGGAUGGAUCUAAAAUGAAGGAAAUCUGGAAUUUUUAUUUAAUUCUUAAGAAUCUUUGUAGAUGGUAGAGGAAUAAAUAUUAAUUAAAAAUUCCGAGAGUGGCAAAUAUGAAUUAAUUUUAAGGCGUCGUCCUUAUGUUGAAGGAGAGGAAAUAACUAAUCCAAAAGAUGGAUUACUUUUGUCUAGAAAAAUAAUAAAUAAUAAUCAAUCAGAAGGAUAAUUAUUUAAUGAGGGUUGGAGUAGAAUAAAUGGAUAAUUAGAAAAGAAGAUUGAAAAUGUAAUAAAUCCAAUAUUAUCAAAUAAAUUGAUUCCUGAUGAUCCUACUUCAUUAUAUUAUCUUGAAGAAGAUCAUAUUUUGAUAAAUCCAAAUACACAUGAGUAAGAAAUACAUGAAAUAAAAUUCCCAUAUCAAGGUAAUUAACAUUAGAAGAUUGGAGAGGGUUUAAGGGAGAGUGAUGAUUCAGGAAAUUAAAUUAUUGCUAGAAAAAUAGUUACUAAUAUAGAUCCUGAUUAUAAUCCAUAUUAAGAUGUAGAGGAAAUUACAGAGAUUAUAGGAAGUGGAAAAAAUAAUGAAUUUUAUGCUAUUUAAAAAUUGGUUAAUAUCACUUAAGUGAUUAUUAGUAAAAAUUUGAAUGAGAAAUAACCUAAUGGAUUUAUUAUUAGAUCCAGAGUUGUUAUUAAUGAAUAUUAAAAGACUGAAUAAUAAGGUUGGAGGAAAUUGAAUGAAUUAGAAAUCCCUUUAGGAAUUAGAUAAUGGAAUUAGAAUAAAAGAUCUAUGUAUUAAAUAGAUGAGGAUAGUUAGGAACAUAGAGAUUCUUAAUAUAGAUCAGUUGAUGAAUAGAAUUAGAUUAGGAUUUUGGAUUAAUAGUAGAAUAAUGGAAAAUAUGUAGAGGAAGAGAUUUUGUUAAAGAAUUAACAUAGUAAUAAAUAUGAGAGAAGACUUUAAAGAAGAUAUACAAAUGAAAAUACAUUUGGUGAUGAUUUGGAAGAAUUUAUUUAAGAUAUUAAAUAUCUUUCUAGAGCAGAAGUUUAAUUUUAAUUAGAAUUAACAAAGUAAGGAUGGAUUGAAGUUGGUAAUUAAGUAUUGUAAAGAAUUAUUGCUAAAAAUGAGACAUUAUAGAUGAUUGAAGAGGAGUUUAACAAUAAAGAAAAACAAAUAUAAAUGUUUAUUCUAAAACCUUACAAAAAUGAAUAGAUUUAUAUAGGAGAAAUGGAUGAGUUGUAAGAUAAUGGAUUACAUUUAAUCAGAAGAUAGAUAAUUAAUAAUAGAUCUUUGGCAUACUAUAAGAAUAAUGAUUUUAUUAAGAAUAAGGAUGGAACUUUUAUAAAAUAAAUUAAAGGUAGUAUCACAAUGAAGAUACCAAAAUAUUAACAAUAAAAUUUUGUUAGGAGACCUACAUAGAGACUAUCUUAAAUUUAAUAAAUUGAAUAACAUAAUAAUAAUAUAAUUAAGAUUGGAAUAACAGAAUAUGGAUAAGAUGAACCUGCCAUUGAAAAUAAAACUACAAAUUCUGAUAUUUCAGAAACUGAUAAGAUGUUUAUAAAAUAAUUAGAAAGAGGGAAUAAGAAAGAUAGAUCAAAUAUAUAUUAAAAUAUUUUAAAUGAUGAAUAAAUCAGAGGUAGGAUUAACUCUGAUAAAAAUAAUGAUAGUCCUUCAACACCUUUUAGUGAAUGUGCUAUACCUAAUAAAAGUAAAUUAUUAUCGAAAGUAUUGAAUAAAUUCAUUAAAAAAUCAUUAUCUUAAGCUAUGAAUGAGUUUUAAUUAAUUUAUUUAGCUUUCAGAUAAAAAAAGAGAUAAAUUUAUCAAAAAAAUUCCAUUAAUUUAAUUAAUAUUCUAGCCAAUCUAUUUUAUCGUUAAUCUUUUGAAACUUUGAUAGAACACAUUUAAAAGAAUGUCAUUGAAUUUGAUGAAGAUGAUGUUAUUAAAUAUAAUGAAAUGUUAGAUGAGAAUAAAAUAAUUGCAAUGGAAAUAUAACCUACUGGAAAUGAAGGAUAAGCAGCAGAGCCAGUUGAAUUAAAUAUUACACCUCCAGAAAAAAAGAGAAUUCUUAAAAUUAAACCUAAAGCAUCACCAGAAAGUAAAAUGUUUACUAGUACUAAAAAUGAAUAUGCAUAACCCUUUUAACGUAAAAGUGUAAUCCAUAAUACAAUGAAGGUUUAAACUCAAUAUUAAAGAUCAACUAGUAGAGCAUCAACUGUUAUUAAACUAAAUACUUUAUAAAGUUCUUAAAGUCUCAAACCCACAAAUUAAAUAAUGUAAUUAUUUUUAGAAUAUUUCAUAGUGGUAAUUCACUUUAAAAUAUCUCAGUUCCAAUAGGAUAUCAAUAAUCAAAAAGAAAUUAAAAAAAGAGAACUACUAAAAUUAAAGAAACUCUAGAAAAAUCAAAUUCAUAGAGUAAUAAAUUUAGUUAAACACCCUUAUCGUAAUCUUAGGUAUUUAUAUCAAUUAAUAUUAUUAGGCAUCAAUAAGUUAAAAUUAAUCUUUAGCAUCUUUGUAAAAAUAAAAUUCUUAAGAAUAAUUGGCAUAAAUAUAAAAGAAUAAAUUAGCAUAAUAAUUUAAAAGAAUGGGAUCAGUAUAAUUAUCUGGAACAUUCAAAAAAUCAUGA